CCAAACAUUUACUCACGACAGGGCUCUUCAUAUUUCAUCCAGAGGAGCGCAUGGAUUCGGGCUCAGGCACACUGCCCGCCGCUGUCCUGGAUGCUGCACAGACUGAAUAAGGAGGCUGUCCCUCAAUCUGAACAUAAUAAUCGCACAUAAUACUGAUAGCUGCAACUGUGACAGCUUGAACUAAGCAGACAGAGGAACAGCGCAGGAGCUGUUGUUUCGUGUACAGUACCGGUGUAGACAGUACGGUGGAGAUGGAGCGGUGGAAAGGCAGAGUGGCCCUGGUGACCGGAGCCUCGGUGGGGAUUGGAGCGGCUGUAGCCCGGGCACUGGUCCAGCAAGGCAUGAGGGUUGUCGGCUGUGCCAGGAGUGUCGACAAAAUAGAGAAGCUGGCAGCAGAAUGUCAGAGUGCAGGCUACAGUGGCACACUGAUCCCUUACAAGUGUGACCUGUCCAACGAGGAGGAGAUCCUGUCCAUGUUUUCAGCAAUCAAGACGCUGCACAAGGGCGUGGACGUAUGCAUCAACAAUGCCGGGCUGGCCCACAAUGAGCCCUUGCUCAGCGGAAAGACAGAGGGCUGGAGGAACAUGAUCGACGUGAAUGUCUUAGCCUUGUCUAUCUGCACCCGUGAGGCGUACAAGUCAAUGAAGGAGAGGAAUGUGGACGAUGGCCACAUCAUCAAUAUUAAUAGUAUGGGUGGGCAUAGAAUGGUGCCUAGUGCUGAUGAGCAUUUCUACUGUGCCACUAAAUACGCUGUGACUGCUUUGACUGAGGGGAUACGGCAAGAACUUCGAGAAGCAAACACCCACAUCAGAGCAACAUGUAUAUCUCCUGGAAUAGUGGAGACUGAGUUUGCCUUCCGGCACCACAACAGUGAUCCAGAGAAAGCCGCUGCAGUGUAUGAGAGUAUGAAGUGUUUGAAAGCAGAAGACAUAGCCAGCGCGGUCACAUUUGUCCUCAGUGCCCCUCCUCAUGUCCAGAUUGGAGAUGUGCAGAUGAGGCCAGUAGAGCAGGUUUCAUAGCAGUGAGACAGGAAGCUGCAGGAGGAGCAGACAGACAGCAGCCAUGGUGACUCCUUAGCGACCUCUGCUGGGUAAGGGUUGGGGGGGG